AUGCUCACCCAUGCUCCAGUCGACGCUUCAGUCUCUCCGGUCUCAAGUGCUGAGGACGGGUACGGAGCUGAUUUGUCUGAGAGCAAAGAGCUUAAUGAUUCACGUGAUGUACACACGCAAAAAAAGGUGAAGCCAGAGCCGACUCAACGAGAAUCGGAAAAAGGCAAACGACGUCGCAAGACACCAGCACAACACCAAGAAAUCCGAGAGAACAAAAGGGAACCAGUAAGCCAUUCACGGAGAACUCCGACUCCUGCCAAAGGCACUCGUACAAAAUCAUCGACGAAAUCUCCCUACUUUCCACUGACCAAGUCUAUCUUGUCCAAGCCAAGAGUCUCCAGGAAAGACAUUUCCUGUAUCCCAUUCCCACCCUUGUCAGCUCCAAGUUUCGGACUCGCGCAGGAGCGACUCCGCCACGAUCCACUGCACCUCCUUGUCGCAUGCAUAUUCCUCACCAAAACACGUGGCGCGGUAUCAAUGCCGAUGUUUUAUCAAUUGAUUGCCAAGUAUCCAGACGCCAACCAACUAGCCAGUGCAGAUUUCGAAGACGUGAUGGACAUAUUUGCUCACCUCGGCCUUCAAAACCAGCGCGCCACGCGAGUCAUCAAAUUGGCGCAAGUAUUUCGUGACGUACCUCCCCACAAGGGCGCACGAUACCGCUCCCUACACUAUCCCAACCACGGCGAUGGGAAAGAUGUUCGACCGAAAGAGUCGAUUGAUGAGGACGACAAGCGGGUAGGGUGGGAGAUCGCGCAUCUACCAGGUGUGGGUCCCUACGGAUUUGACUCGUGGCGAAUCUUCUGUCGCGACAGGCUAAGAGAUCUUGACGACUUGAGUGAGAUGGAACAAGAAUGGACAAGGGUCUUGCCACUAGACAAGGAGUUACGAGCGUAUCUGCGCUGGCGUUGGCUGAAGAGCGGGUGGGUCUGGGAUCCCCUGACAGGCAACAAGCGGAAGGCGGAAAGUGCAGAGAUGUUGGAAGCGGAAGAGGGCGGUGUGAUGGUCGAAGGCAAUGGAGACGGAAGGAUCGAUGCUGGUGAAGGCGCGGAACCAAGGAAUGGCCCGCAGCUUGAUGUUGUGGCAGGUGGUAAGGCCGCGCCAGGCAAAGAUGGAGAGGAAGAACAGGGUUGA